CUGAGGACAUCAGUUGGUUUCGCUCUCAAGAUCACCAACAGCCAUGCGGUCCCCAUUGCCGGUUGCAGUCGCACUGAUCGUCCUCACCAUUCAUGUUUCCGGAAAGAACAUCAGAUCGGGGAAGAGCUGCAACUGUGUGUGUGGAGUGGGAGACCGUAAACAGAGAAUAAUCGGUGGGAAAAGAUCGGAGGCUCAUGAAUUCCCUUGGAUUGCAAGUCUGAGCUUGAAUGGCACUUUUUACUGCGGAGCAUCACUUCUUACGAGCAGACAUCUACUCACCGCAGCACAUUGUCUGUACGGUAAGCGUUACACCGACAUAAGAGUCGGACUGGGCGAACACGACAGGGACCAGAAGAACGAGCCGGGGAAGAGGCUUCUCAAGCUGAAAAGGGCCACAAUGCACGAAGGGUUCAGCGUUGUCAAGAUUCAACAUGAUAUCGGAAUUAUCGAACUAGAAACUCCGGUCGAACACAACGGCCCUUUUAUAAGGACGGCCUGUCUUCCAACAACAGUGAACGCCAAUUAUUCCGGUUUGGACGGGAUCGUCGCCGGAUGGGGAAAACAGAAGGAAAACGGCCCAACGACGCCGAUUUUGAGAAAGGUCACCAUACCGCUUUUGACGAGGGAAGAAUGCGCCACAGGAUACGGUUACUGCCCGAAGAAAAUCCUCGAGACCAAUUUCUGUGCUGGUCAGCCCGGCGGAAUGAAAGACGCCUGCCAGGGUGACAGCGGAGGUCCUAUUCACCUAAAUCACACUGCACCAAAUCACAUGGAACUUAUAGGGAUCGUGUCCUGGGGAAGAGGCUGCGGCAGACCCAACUACCCCGGUGUCUAUACACGUGUUGACAAAUACACGUCGUGGAUACAGAAACAGAUCGGCGACGAAUGCACCUGCACGCCACCGGCGAACUGAAACACUGCGUUGAUCUGCAUACCCUUCCGAUACUCAGUUAAUUUAUUCACACCGCAUAAACCAUCGGGCGAGCUUUUGUCGUGCGAUGGGAAGUAGGACGAACAGCACGUCAAGUGGGCUAACGGCGGGAAACAAUUUGUCAUUCAUUCUGACGUCUGCCACAAUUUUUCAAUUUAUUUGUCCGCCAUGGAUAAACAAUGGUUUUUGAUGGAAAUAACCCGAGUUAUGUUUGUUUUUUCGAUCCUCUAUUGACAUAUUAUAGAUUUUUAAAAUUUUUGUUUAGAGAUAAAAUAUAAAACAAUCUGUACAUUCGAAAAAGGUCGUCCUCAAAACUUGGGCUCAUAAGAUUUGGACAUUUACCAGAAGCCAGUUCUUCUGACCAAAAGUUCUGACAACCUCAGACGGAUGUUAAUGAUCCUUAUGACACCCAGUACCCACAAUCACCUGAAUAUUUCUUAAAUUCACAAUACCCUUAAAUUUAAAUUGUCCACUGAAGAUUUAAACCAUUAUAUGCAGAUUUAAUUAAAAAUAUAUUAUCAAAGUGAACUCCCAUGAGAGAUUUAAACUUAAACAUCCAUCGAAGUAAAUCAAUAACUUGCUAUUAAUCACAAUCUUCCUCAAAAUGUUCGUUUGCACAGUUUCAAGACUGAAGAAUUGCAAAUUAUUUUGCACCAGCGUCUCGCAUGAUUGGAGAAAGACAAACUCCUUUGAUUAAACUCCACCGUUCUGGAAAGGGGGCAUUAAUAAAUACAGCUUUCUUUGGGUGAUAGAUUUCAUCCGGCAGUCUUAUUGAUUAUUUAACUGAAACCAAAGAGGAACAGUGCCCGGUUAAACAGAAAAACCCAUAAUUGCAUUCCACCCUUUCAGACAUCGGACGUGGAAGGGAGAGUCGCUUAAUUUCCAUGAACCUGCCGAGGUUGACAGCCUUCUUUUCGCAGACAAGCAACCUCAUAUUUAUUGACCAAAUAGUUAUUAUUUAUUGAAAAAUAUACAUGUAAAAUAUCUGUGAUAAUCUGUUAUUUUAAACCUUGCUUUGUUUAUAAUAAAUUAAUUAU